CGCGCUCCCCGCCCCUGCCCCCUCCUCCCACCCCCGUGCUCCCCGCUUCUCCCCCAGCCCCUCGUCUCCCCCGCCCCCUUCUCCCCUCCCCGGCUCCCCCGCUCCGCCUCGGGGGCUGCGGCAGCCCGGCCACGGAGCAGCCCUGCGGCCCGAGCGCGCUGUCCAUGGUGGGCUGCGAGCUGCCGGCUGCCCGCCCGGCGCCGCGGGGCUUUGGGGCCAUGCCGGGCACGGCAGCGGCGGCGGCUCCCCGGCGUCCCCCCGCGCCCCGCCGCUCGGCGAGCGCCUGGCUGGUGGCGGGAUAAUGCGUCUGCCGGGCGCCAGCGCUGGGCACCUGGGAGGCACCGCGCCGGGGGGCCGCCCGCCGCCCCGCCACCAUGUCCCCCCCAGCCUCGGCGGCCGCGGCCGGCGACAGAGGCAGCAGCACGUCGGUGCCUCCGGAGGAGGCGGAGGGGGGCCGAGAGGAGGUGAGGACGGAGCGAGCUGCCCGCCCCGCCGGGCGGCGGCUUGGGGCUCCCCGGCUGCAUGCGAGCGGCUUUGCAUGGCACGGGCACGGGCACGGGCAUGGCAGCGCGCUCGAGGCUCCGCUCCGCUCCGCGGGGUUACACCCCGGCUCUGACCGGGCCGGGGCUUUGCAUCCAGCAGCGGCCGGUGAAGCAGUCCCUCAGUAAGUCCCUCUGCAGAGAAUCCCACUGGAAAUGCCUGCUCCUCUCCCUUCUCAUGUACGGCUGCAUGGGAGCUAUGACCUGGUGCCAUGUGACCAAGGUCACCCGGCUGACCUUUGACAGUGCCUACAAGGGCAAGUCCAUGAUGUAUCACGAUAGCCCCUGCUCCAAUGGCUAUGUUUACAUCCCCCUGGCCUUCCUGGUGAUGCUCUACGUGGUCUACCUGGUGGAGUGCUGGCACUGCUACACCCGCAAUGAGCUGCAGUACAAGGUGGACGUGGAGAGCGUGCACGAGCGGGUGCAGAGAAUGCAGCAGGCCACCCCGUGCAUCUGGUGGAAAGCCAUCAGCUACCACUAUGUCCGGAGGACCCGGCAGGUCACCCGCUACCGCAAUGGGGACGCCUACACCACGACCCAGGUGUAUCACGAGAGGGUCAACACUCAUGUGGCGGAGGCCGAGUUUGACUACUCCAACUGUGGGGUCAAGGACAUCUCCAAGGACCUGAUGGACCUGGAGAGCUACCCAGCCACUCGGCUCCGCUUCACCAAAUGCUUCAGCUUUGCCAACGUGGAGUCCGAGAACUCCUACCUGACCCAGCGCGCCCGCUUCUUCACCGAGAACGAGGGGCUGGACGACUACAUGGAGGCCAGGGAGGGGAUGCACCUCAAGAACGUGGAUUUCAAGGAAUACAUGGUGGCCUUUUCAGACCCCGAUAACCUUCCCUGGUACGUGUCCCACUACGUCUUCUGGGUGGCUGCCCUGCUGACCCUCUCCUGGCCCCUGCGGGUGCUGAAUGAGUACCGCACCUCCUACGUCCAUUACCACGUGGAGAAGCUCUUUGGGUUUGACUUUGUGGCCGUAACACCAGCUGAGGAGCGCUCCUUCUGCAGGAGGAUGCCCCGUGUCAACACGGUGGACAGCACUGAGCUGGAGUGGCACAUCCGGUCCAACCAGCAGCUAGUGCCCAGCUACUCAGAGGCUGUCCUGAUGGACUUGGUGGGGCUCUCCAGCUGCACCAGCUACUCCGCUUGCAGGUACGGGGGCUACCGGCAGAACUGCGAGCGGUGCCACAGGACUAUAAGCAGCUCGUCCAUCUUCUCCCGCAGCGCCCUGAGCAUCUGCAACGGCAGCCCCAGGAUCCCCUUCAGCAGCAGCCGCUUCUCGCUGGGCCGCCUCUACGGCUCCCGGCGCAGCUGCCUCUGGCAGAGUCGGAGUGGGAGCUUGAACGAGCAGAGCUGCCCAACUGAGCAAACCCGGCUCUCCAGCCAGGUCACAGUGGAGGAGGAGGACCCUCCUGCUUACCAGGAUGCCCUCUACUUCCCCGUCCUUAUUGUGCACCGCAACGAGGGCUGCCUCAACCAUGACCACCGUCACCUCCAUCGGAACGGGUCCUGCAUGGAGACCUCACUGUGAGCGGAGGGCGGCGAGGAUCUCCCUCUUGAUCACCGUGUCUCCAGGCACAGGGACUUGGGAAGGGAGGGGAUAGCCAGGAAAAUGAGGCACCAGUGCCCCGCUCAGCAUGUGGGAUGGAGAGGUCACUGCCUCUUGGUCUCCAAGGAUAGGCUCAGCAGCUGCUGCAUUUGCCACAUGGCCUCUUUGAUGUCACAGAGGAGAGGGUGGCAGCAGGAUGGGUGAGCAGCAGCGCCACCUGUGGCAUGGCACAAAAUGACAGACCGACAGCCACAUGCAGAAAAUGGUAGAAAAGAAAGGACUGAAGGAGGGAGCUGGGUGCUAUAGUUCCACGCUCUGCCUCGAAAGGCCCCGGCUGGCUGGAAUAGUGCUAAAUGACAACUAGCACCCACCACCCUGCUGCACCCGUGACCUCCGCCCUUCUCCCCCAGUGCUGCAGACUUACUCUCCCGCAGAGGGGUCCCGCACGGGGCCAAGAGGAGCAAGGCCUGGCAGCACAUUCCCUUUGAAGCAGCGAUUAACUCCUCAUGCGCCAAAGAUCCUGGGGCACUCGGGCCCAUAGAGCUGAAGGGCAGUUUAGAGGAAAUGCUCAAGACCACAAGGCCAACUCUUUCGCCCUUUUAUUGAGGCUGCGCUCCGACUGUUACACUGUCCUCAGCUGCUGGGAGGGGCAUUGCCACCAGAUGGCUCUUUAGAAAGCCUCAGCACUCCAGGGCCAAGAAUCAGCAUCCCCUAGGUAAAGCUUAAAGCAUUCCAACGACUUUUCCAUUUGGGGUUGCAAAGAGCAGGAAGCAACAGGGAAUCUACUGAGGAAAGGCCAGACCUGGCGUUAGAGCACAGACACAGCAUGAAGCCAGUAGGUCUGGCAGGAGAAGGCCCAGCCUGCAAAGCAAACCACGGAGACCUGGGUGUGCUGGGAGUUUUCGGGAAGCCAAAGACACCCGAUGGGGAAGGGGUGAGUUGGGCAGCUGGGGGACCCCCAGGGCUUGAAGUGAGCGAGGUCUAGUCAUAAUUAAUUCAGCCAAGCAAGGAGUCUGGCAUCCAGGGAGGUUCUGUUAGGUUCAACUGCAGUUUACCGAUGAAUAAUAGAAGAGCAGGUUGGCGGGUCUUGGGGAGAGUAAAUAUUACAUGAAGUCAA